AUGGGUCAGCAAAUUUCUUGUGUGAAUAUAGCGACAGAGACGGAGUGUGUGUACAGUUUCCCUCCAAGUACACCACUUCAGUCCAACAAAGACACGCCUCAUCAGGUAAAACAUCAGCUUGAUGAGACCCGUGCUGUUACUUGUGAGGAAGAUGGAGUAUGGAAGGGGGUGAAGGAGCAAAAGAAGUCGAAGAAGAAAUCGAGGUUUUGGAGGAAGCUGGCCUGUUUCCGCUUUUCACGCCCAAGAACUGGAAGGGGUGAAAAAGUGGAGCAGGUGGAUAGUGAGAAGGUGAAGCAGUACACCAAAGCAGAACCUUGUACUGAUGUCAAUGUUGAAUGUAUAUUUCCUUCUUUAGAUCAAACCUCUGUAGCGAACAUCUCCUGCACUGUUGAGGAUUAUGAUUACCAGCAAGCUUUUAACAGCCUUGAGGUUCUCCCCUCCACUGUUGACCUGCAAAUCCAGCAGGAGGAAGAACCUUCUACUGAUGAUCAAACUUUAGUGGAGACCACAUGUAGUGAAGAGAGUUAUGGUCCCCAGAACACUCCCAACUAUAGCCUUGAGAUUCCUUCCUCCGGUGUUGACCAGCAAAUCCAGGAGCUUCCAGUUAAUCUGUCAGAAGAAGAAACUGUGUGCCCUCUGGCAGAAGCCCCAAACCAGAACAUGGUCUUGAUUAUUGGGAACAUGUGCUUGACCUACAACAUGGGCGAGCUACUGGGAGAAGGAGGAUUCGGUGCAGUAUAUACUGGUGUUCGUGCCAAUGAUGGUCUUCCGGUGGCAAUCAAGUUUGCCAGAAAAGCGGAGGGCAUGGAAUAUCUCUAUGUUCCUGGCCUUCCAGAACUUGUACCUCUAGAAAUCGGCCUGACACUCCUGGCAAAUAAGGGUCCCAGCUCACCCAACAUAAUUGAGCUGCUGGAUUGGCAGGAACUUCCCGACCAUUAUGUAAUGGUCCUGCAGCGCCCUUCACCAUGCCAGAGUCUGUUCAAACUUUUGGAGAGCUGUGGAAACAUCUUUGAGGAAAUGUUUGCACGGCAUGUGAUGCGGCAGGUAAUCGAGGCAGCUGAGACCUGCUGCAGACGUGGAGUUCUCCACAGAGAUAUCAAGUUGGAGAACUUGUUAAUAAACACAGACACCAUGGAUGUUACCCUCAUUGACUUCGGCUGCGGGAACCUGUUUCACGAAACAGAGUACCACAGCUUUAGUGGCACAGAGAUGUACUGCCCUCCUGAAUUUUUUGAAACGGGCAAGUAUUAUGCACGGUCAGCAACUGUGUUUUCACUUGGAGUGCUGCUGUACACUAUGGUGUGCGGAUAUAUGCCGGACCACACUGAUCUGGAAAAGAUACAGCACUGGCUGUGGUAUCUGCCAUCCUUGUCAAGUGAAUGCAGCCAUUUGAUAAAUGCCUGUCUACAUCCUGAUCCCAGAGAGAGGAUACCUCUAGAGCAGAUUCUCCUCCACGACUGGUUUACGAUCAUGCCAUCAGUCGUGGAGGAUGAGCAUCCUGUCCUGGCCACGCAGGAAGUGCUCUUUAGCCUGGCAUGCUAAGCCUCAC